AUGUCCACUUCUACCGGCCUCCCGUUACUUCCAAGUCAUCGCCAGACACAAAGAUCCGGGAUUUCUCGAACAGGUACCAAUGGAAGAGGUAUAUCGGCCGGUCACGUAAGCAGCAUAUCCACUGAACGAGCGGAGGCAAUAGCUCGCAAUGACGGGAGCUGGCUUUGUGAUACAGGCGUCCUUCAGAGGUACAUUCAGCGGCUAUGCCAGGCUGAACCGAGCCUGCGGAGGCAAGACUCGUCGUCGGCUGCUAUCGCCCCGUUACAUGCGCGAAAGACGAAGACUUGCCUCAUCGAGUCGUAUGGAGAUGGGUUCCAAGAAACGGUGGGACUUGGAGAUGUGGACAGCACUCUGUGGAGUGAACACUUUCAGCAGCGGAGGCAAGAAAUCAAAAUAGAAAGGGUUACGAAUGGAGAUGACUCGCCGGAUGAGCAAGGAACCCCAAUUAGAAGUAGGAAGAGAAAGAGGAUAUACCUAGCUGAAGGCGUCACGCCUGCCCUGGUCAAGCUAUUCGGAGAAUUCUUCUGCGAACUGGGACUGGAUCCCAUGUUCUUCGCGCAGCAUGUCGAGCGGGGGACGAAGAUUGUUUUCGACGAACACAUCGAGGUUCCCACCCUGCCGUCUGCCCAUGACCUGUGCGACUAUGCCUGUAUCCGAUACUAUGACUUGUACAAAUACAGCGGAAAGGAGGUACAGUUUGGUGAGGUUGAAGAUGGUCGACACAAGUCGACAGAACAUAAGAAGUUGCUCACGGCGAACUGUGCGGAUACAGCUCGGCCAGUGAUCUACCACCGUUGGCAAGAGCGUGAGGAUGAGACUGUGUUGAUCACGCCAAGGAAAUGUUCUUUUUGGAUACAUAGAUACAAGGACGGGGGAUAUGAUGCGCUCAUACUCUGCGAUCCGGCCCUCAAGCGGAUAGCGAGAGGUUCGCCCAUUGACCUCAAUAACAUGAGCAAUUUUCUUGGGGGAUAUGCGGAUUUCGUACCGAGGCCGGAUGGAUACAACAAGUUUUUGCAACAUGAAGCUUCACAGACUGGAGACGCACGCUCCAUAUCGCCGUCUGACAAUGACUCUCAGCAUCAGCCGAGCCAGGGCAUUUCGACCACUACAGAACCAGCACGAGAAUGCCUUUUUGAUGACCUGGUGUACUACUACACGAAGCAUGGGCACCACCUCUCCGACGACGAUCCAUUCCUCUUCGUCAAGAAGAUCUGCGCCUCGAAAUACAUUCAACUCAUCUCCCUCAUCAGCAACCAAUUCGACGCCAUCCGAACCGCCGACUGGAAAGAUGCUACCUCAUCCCCCAAGACCAAGUCAUGGUUCGACCUCAAGCCCGCGAAACCCACCAUCGCGAUCAAUACCCGCUCCCUAGAGAACGCCUGGUACCGUUUCCGAGUCCAAGAAUACCUCGGAGAUAUCGAGACUACAAUCCUCAGCCUUGGGAUCCGCUGGAAUGACCCCAGCUGCACCCGCACGCAAGACUGGCGGGACUGUCGGAAAGAUUUCCAGUUCGCGGCGCAGCGGCUGAACGCGCUCAAGGACUACUAUGACCGGUCGACGAACCACAUCAUCGGGCGGGCGGGGAUGCAGGGGAACCGGCAGGCGAUCGAAGAGGCGAAGCUGGCGAGGGAAGAGCAGGGGACGCUGAAGCUGUUGACGUAUGUCGCGACAGUGUUCGUGCCGUUGGCGUCGAUCGCGAGCAUUUUUAGUAUCGGAGACCCGUAUAAGCCGGGGAGCAAGGAAUUUUACGUGUAUUGCGCGGUGGCGUUUCCUUGUUUGUUCAUUGUACUUGCGACGGUCUUGGUGCUUGAAAAGGGCCCGGUUGUGAGAGAUUUCAUUUCUUCAAAGCUCGGUUGGCUAUAUAUAGACGACGGAGCGUCAACGCAGAGUCGGCCCAUACCAAUAUAA